GUUAGAUCCUCUCCAACUCCAAAAGAUCAUCAGAAGGGUAGUUCAUCACAACUAUCUUGUUCAGUAAUUUGAGUUAUAUGGACCAUACACAUACAUGUAUGUCAUGUGUGUGAUAAUUUGGUGCUUGAAUAGAAAAAAAUGGUUGGUGAAGGAGAAAAACCAAAGGCAGUGAUUGUUGGAGGAAGCAUAGCAGGGAUAUCAAGUGCACAUGCCCUUACCUUAGCUGGUUGGGAUGUCCUUGUGCUUGAGAAAACCACCUCACCUCCAACUGGAAGCCCCACUGGUGCAGGUCUUGGACUCAACUCUUUCUCCCAACAAAUCAUUAACUCAUGGCUUCAUAACUCACAACAACUCCUACACAACACCACUUUACCACUCACCAUUGACCAGAACCAUGCAACUGAUAGUGAGAAGAAGGUUAGCUGCACAUUGACAAGAGAUGAGAGUUUUAAUUUCAGAGCAGCACAUUGGGCUGAUCUUCAUGGCCUUUUGUACAAUGCAUUGCCAUCAAAUGUAUUUUUAUGGGGUCACCUUUUUCUCUCUUUCCAUGUUGCUGAUGAUAAGGGUUCUGUCAUAGUAAAGGCUGAGGUUCUAGAAAGUGGCAAGGUUAUAGAGAUAGUAGGGGAUUUGCUUGUUGCAGCAGAUGGUUGUCUCUCUUCCAUCCGCCACAAAUAUCUCCCUCAUUUUAAACUCAGAUAUUCAGGCUAUUGUGCAUGGAGAGGGGUUCUUGAUUUUUCAAAAAUUGAGAAUUCAGAAACCAUUAUUGGUAUGAGAAAGGCAUAUCCUGAUCUAGGAAAAUGCUUGUACUUUGACUUGGCCUCAGGUACACACAGUGUGUUGUAUGAGCUGCUGAACAAAAAGCUCAAUUGGAUUUGGUAUGUGAAUCAGCCAGAGCCUGAAGUCAAGGGAACAUCAGUGACAAUGAAAGUAAACAGUGACAUGAUCCAAAAGAUGCACCAAGAAGCAGAAAAAGUUUGGAUUCCUGAGUUGGUAAAGGUCAUAAAAGAAACAAGGGACCCUUUCUUAAAUUUCAUAUAUGAUAGUGAUCCUUUAGAGAAGAUAUUUUGGGACAAUGUGGUAUUGGUAGGAGAUGCAGCUCACCCUACAACUCCUCACUGCCUUAGAAGCACAAACAUGUCAAUAUUAGAUGCAGCAGUGUUAGGCAAAUGCCUUGAGAAGUUUGGAGCAGAAAAAGUGAGAUCAGCUUUGGAAGAAUAUCAGUUCAUUAGACUACCAGAAACUUCAAAGCAAGUUCUUCAUGCAAGGCGUCUAGGUCGUAUAAAACAAGGUUUGGUUGUGCCUGAUAGAGAACCCCUUAACCCCAAAUCAGCCAAGAAAGAGGACUGUGAGGAACUUCUACAAAGCAACACUCCUUUUUUCAAUGAUGUGCCUUCGAUACUUGCUUCAAUUCUUCCCCAAGUUGAUUGCCUAUAGUCGUAAAUUUUAGCACUGCAUUGAAAAUACAUUUCUUACUUACUAUCAAUGCAACUAUUUGCACACUGAUAAAGUGAUUCCUAUGACUGAUGUGUUGCCUUUAAGCUCCAAACUUUAUUUUGGUACCUAGAAAUAAUUUUAUUA